AGAGAGAGAGAGGGGGGAGAGAGAGGGAGUGCAGGAGAGAGAGAGAGAGAGAGAGAGUCGCUCAGGUUUAUUGGAGCUAAGCUUUCAUGCCGUCAGUCUUGCGGACUCUGAGAUGGACGUCAGAUUUUAUCCAGCUCCCCCUUCAAGCGUGGGUUCGUGUACGUUACCGACCGACUCCGGUUUGGACUAUUACCACUCCAACAAGAGCAGAUACGGUGCUGCAGAUCGAGGUGUGAGGCUCUACAGUUCCCUUCCCAUGCGCCCAAACCCAGACGGCAAGAGACUGCCCUCUACUGGGUUUGAUGGUGACAACAUGUACAUGAAUGAAAACAACCAUGAGUUCCUGCCGCCAAACCAGAACUACACGGGUCAGACCGGCGGCGGAGGCGGAGGAGGAGGCGGAGGAGGAGGUGGCGGCGGGGGAAACGGAGGCGGCGACGAGGACUACGAGAUCCCUCCCAUCACUCCACCCAACCACCCUGAGCCGUCUCUCCUUCACCUGAUGGAGCACGACUCCACAGGCUACCUCUGCCACUCCCUGCAACACAACGGGCUCAUCAACCCGUAUUCCUACCCGGAGCUGCCCACACUCAUGAUGUCCAACAUGCUGGCGCAGGACGGCCACCUCGUCUCCAGCCAAAUGCCCUCGAUGCAGGAGAUGGCUUUGCACCACCACCACCACCACCACCACCACCACCAGCAACACCAUCACCAGCACCCAGAUGGCUCUCAUUAUGACCCCGUCCGUAACCACCCCCUGAUAAACAGGUCACCUCCGAUACCCCCCAACCCCAUGGGUGCACUGACCCAGCUAAACCCUCAGGUCAGCCGGAGCGCACUGCCUCACGGCUCCCCUUCACCUCCCGGGAGUAAAUCGGCCACGCCCUCCCCCUCGAGCUCCAAUCAGGAGGAGGAGACCGAUCCUCACUCGAAGAUCACGGGCGAGAAGCGGCCGUCCUCGGAGAUGAUGAAGCCCAAGCCCAAGCCCCAAAAAAAGAAGAAGAAGAAGGAUCCCAACGAGCCCACGAAGCCCGUGUCAGCCUACGCCUUGUUCUUCAGGGACACGCAGGCCGCCAUCAAGGGACAGAACCCCAACGCCACCUUCGGGGACGUGUCCAAGAUAGUGGCCUCCAUGUGGGACGGGUUGGGAGAGGAGCAGAAACAGAACUACAAGAGGAAAACAGAGGCUGCUAAGAAGGAGUACCUGAAAGCCCUGGCCGCCUACAGAGCCAGUCUGGUUUCCAAGACGUAUAAUGACCCCGUGGAGACAAAAAGUGCCCAAACGAGCCAGGCCUCUCCACACAUGAUGCCAGCCAACCCGCCCCUGUACAGCGUGCCACACCCCCCGCAGCCGUCGUCACCCUACCUGGGGCCCGGGGCCUUUCCCCUCGCCGACCUGCAGAGCUACGCGGGACACGCCCCUCGCCACGCCCUGUCGCAGACGCUCAGCCAAUCGCAGAUGCUGCCAAGCAUUAGUGCCUCUCCCCCUUCCUCCUUCCAGAUCAGCCCGCCCCUCCACCCCCACCAGCAGCUAUCCCUGCACCAGAGCUCGCUCCUCAACCAGCCCAUCCGCAUGCAGCAGGUCCAGUCCCAGCCGAUCAUCUCUCACCAGAUGGGGCUGCAGGCGUCUCUUCACUCCCCACCUCCGGGGCAGCAGGGGUUUUCCCACCUGCAGUCCGAAUAUCAGAAGGGCAUCGGCGGCCCCCAGUCUCCAGGAGCCCCCGGUCCCGGCCCAGGUCCCGGAGUGGCUCAGAGCCACGACUGGGACAGUGAAUACUGCAAUCGGGAGUGUGGCAACCACUGCAGCGGCAGCAUGAUUGGCAGGGACAAGCCACUCUACCUCACCUGAAACUGAAGAUCACUCUCGGUCGACAAAUACGACACAGAGAAGUCUGCUCUCACCCCUAAUCUCCCCCUCUCGCCCCUCCCUUCCCCCCCCUUCUCGCCCCCCCUCUCGCCCCUCUGCCCGUCAACCCUCUUCUGACAAACACACACUUACACACAGUUCACACUGUAACGUACAAUGACAUGCAUUCACAUACGGCCACUCACACACACACACACACAUUCCGCCUCCCGAACCACCACCACCAUCUUUUUUUUUUGGGGGGGGGGGUCAACGUAAUGAUCGAUUCUUUCCGUUUCUAGAAGAAUUCGUGACCAGCGUUUUUUGACUAGAUGACUGCUGUCUGUACCACUUAAUGUAUUAGCAGUCCUCCUGCUGUUUAAAAUUUGCCAAGCACUUAUGAAGCCCCCCCCCCCCCCCCCCUCCCACCCCCCCUCCUCCUCCCCUCCCUCUUCUCUGAAUUGUGUUUCUCUGGUCGCUCUGAAGCCGGCCGGGCUGUAAGAGCACUCCUCUUCUGUGUCACCAUCAGAGUCCCCUCAGGGACCCCAUCCAGCUUUAAUUAGAAUGAGAAGGAAAAAAAAAAAAAUCUGCGUGUCCUUUAAUCGUUUUGAUUUCCUUUAUUUUGUUUUUUUUCUUUCUCAUUUUCCUUUUUGUUGUUGCUGUUGUUGUUGUUUUAUUUAUUUCUGGCUUGCAAAAUCGUUCCUCUUUUCUUUCUUUUUUUUGCCAAUAAGCGUUGGGCCCCGUACUGUAGAGAAAUAUUAACUUCUAGUAGGUUCAGCGCAGGCUUUGAUGUUAUGGUAGCUUUGCUUAAGGGCCUGCAAAUUGAUACAAAAAAAAAAACUCGGGGUGGGGAAACAAAACGAAAAGGAUCUUUUUUUAAUAUUAAAGGACCUGUUGAGGUCUACUGAGCGGUCACAGUGUGAUUGUAAAUAUCACUUUUAUGGGAUCAAAUAGGGAAUUGGGAGUCCAGAUAGAGUUUUUUUCUUCUUUAAUAUUACAUGUAAGUCAUUCUCUGUGUGUGUGUGCGUGUGUGUGUGUGUGUGUGUGUGUGCCUGGACGUUAGAAUGUAACCCAUUCAUGACGUGUGAAGUUGACUGUGUGUGUGUGUGUGUCCACGGACACGCGCCCGUGCGCAAGAUUGUGUGAGCGUUGGAGUGUCGAGGUCUUUCUCGUGAAUUUUAACAGCCUCGUGCAGCUGGAUUUCAGAGGAGUAUUUCACACUCUCGUUCUGGCAUUAAGUCUGUGCUCACUGGUGUGUUUUUUUUUCCAAUAAAGUUCAAUCUAAAACUGAAUACACAAUAUGUGUCCUGCAGAUCAUUAAAUGGAAAGAGCCAGGUGAGAGAUAGAGAGGGAAGAGACAGAGAGAGAGAGAGAGAGACAGACAGAGAGAGAGAAACGCCGUGAGAUAAAAUGAGAUAUAAUGUUGCUGUUGGAAUGAGAAAAAAAGAAGACAUUGCCUCAAAAUGCCCCCCAACCUCCCUUUUCUUAUUUUCUCUGACCAUAAUGUCAAUUUUUGUCUCCUCGACAUGCACAAGUGAAGUAAUGAAAUAUGUGAAUGGAGCCAUCACAUCCCCAUUACAGUGAUUUUUAUAAGUUUCUACUUGGUGUUAGGUUGUGUUGAUCUCAUCUUUUUAACUUUUUGUGUGAUUAACAGAAUUGCAUUUUGCUGACAAUGACAUCUGUAUUUAUCUCUUUACUGUUGCAUAAUUUCAGUUUUAAUUGUUACAGAACAAUAACAUUUUAAGUUGUGUAAAAAUAAAAACCUGCCAAUUGUGGUUAUUUUAUUUGUAAAGCCAGUAAUGAUAAAUAUUUUAAAUGGUUACCAAUAUAUUGUUUCCGCUAGUUACCCAUCAGCCAUUUGACAGGUUUUCUUAUUUAUGAAAGAAAUUAGAUCACUUUUGCUUCUUACAAUAGAGGUGUAUUUUUAAUCUUACUUUGUUGUUUCAUUUUUAUUGGUUUGAUAAAAAGGAUGCUGAUCACACUGAUUUUUUGUUCUUUUUUUUAUAUAUUUCGGCCGCUGCUCCCUUUUUUCCCCCCCUUGCCAGCAGCAUCUGUUUGUGUCACAUUGCUUCUUUUAUUUCAAACCUGCAUAAUAAAAAAAAGUUUAAAAGGGA